CAUAACAUAGUAGACUUUCGUUGCGAGUGGUGUGUGUGUAUUUAUAUUUUGUGUUUUUGUGGAUGAUCAAGUCUUGCGCGCUUUCUACAACGGACUGUCUACUUCCCGUGUUGUGAUUCCUAACUUGUCUCUUGGAUAUGUUAGCUAGAAAGAUUCCUGCUUUUAGCAUGUUCUCGACGCCUUCAGUUACUCCUACCUCAGUUCGAGAAAAAGAAAGUUUUGAGAGAAGUUUCCGAGUGGGCCCUGUGCUUGGAAAAGGUGGAUUUGGUACUGUUUACGCUGGAACUAGAAUUAGAGAUAAUUUACCUGUUGCAAUUAAACAUGUACUGAAGCAGAAGGUUACAGAAUGGGGACAGUUGAAUGGUCAUAGAAUACCCCUGGAGAUUUGCCUUCUUAAAAAAGUGAGCCAUGUCAAGGGUGUCGUCAAACUGUUGGAUUACUUCGAACGCUCAGAUUCUUAUAUCAUGGUCAUGGAAAGACCAGAAGCAGUGAAAGACCUCUUCGAUUACAUUACAGAAAAAGGUUUUUUGGAAGAGAAGUUAUCGCGUGUUUUCUUCCACCAAGUUGUUGAAUCAGUGAUUGACUGUCAUAAGUCAGGUGUUAUUCAUCGAGAUAUCAAAGAUGAAAAUAUUCUUGUGGACUUAAAGAAUUUAACACUCAGGCUAAUAGACUUUGGUUCUGGUGCUUACACAAAGGAUACCAUGUACACAGACUACGAUGGUACUAGGGUAUACAGUCCACCUGAAUGGAUCAGAUGUAAUCGUUAUAACGGAAAUGCUGCCACAGUUUGGUCUCUUGGAAUUUUACUCUAUGACAUGGUUUGUGGUGAUAUCCCCUUUGAAGAUGAUGAAGAAAUUCUCCGAGCUGACAUCAGAUUCAAAGAAUACCUUUCAAAUGAAUGUAAAGACCUUAUCAGAAAAUGCCUAUCAGUCAGAGCCUCAGACAGACCCUCGCUAGAGGACAUCCUAAAGCACCAGUGGAUGACGAUGCCCUUAGAGAAUCUCCCAUCCCCCUCCAUCCCAGUACGCCAUAACACCCGUUCCAUGACAUCUUCCCUUCUCGCACUCAACUCUUCAGCGAGCAGUGAGGAGAGCCUUUGACUUCAACCUGUGACUUAACUCUAUUGUACCAUAUAAACAAAUUAUUGGUUCCUAAAGCUUGAGGGCACCAAAGCCAUGGCGCCGCCUCCGGGCACUCAAAUUGAGAGAAGUUGAUGCUGCCUAGUACUGCCGGGUUCCCACUGAACCAUUGGACAUUUUUUAAUUUAUUUAUUUAUUGACUUCCUAAUGCAUUCUCAAAGUGUACUUAGACUUGCCAAAAUGCCUGACAUGGUCCAAAAUGUGGAAGUGUCGCUGAGAAUACUUUUUACUAGAAACUGGAGGUUUCUGUCCUGAGAUUGACUUAUUCCUGUCAUUCAGCCUCACCCUAUUGUAGGGAAUUUGCUUUUUUUUUUCUUCUCCUUUUAAAACGUUUAAGGUAUUUAGUUUUCUAUAAAAUUAAUAUCAAUUUUUUAAAACUCAGUUUACAACUAGAUUAUUGCACUUAAUUUCUUUCAGCAAGUUGUUAGUAAUCUUUAUUAAAAAAUUAUAGUAAACGAUCAAACUUUUUCUUUUAAAUUAGUUAAUAACAGUUAAAGCUGUUCUUACAGCAUAUUUCCUAGAAAACUUCAAAAUUGAUGAAUCAUAUCUAAUUAGGACAUUAAAUAAUUCAUAUCUUUGUAGAGACAUUUUCAGUUAUACUUAUUUAUUUUUAUUGAUUAUUUAUUCAAGGUAAAAGUUCCUGAUUUUUCCCUUAUGAGGCAGAAUAACAUCCUAUCUAUGUUCAUUGUUCUGUACAAUGUUCUAUUUAUUAUGAUCAAGUGCAGUUAGUUUAUGGACAACAUUCCACUGAUUUGUAUUUUUUUAGCAUUUCUGUUAUUUAAGAAAUCCUGUCUUGUUUGCUGCCAACUCUUGAAGAAAAAAAGAUCUUUUUGUGAAUCGCUAGUAAUUUUGAUUGUUUUUUCCAAAUUUCUCUUUUAAAAAAAAUUAAUCGAUGGAAAUUUUUUAUAGGUAUUAAAAUGAAAAUGAGUUUUUUAAAAAAUAUUUAUUGGAGCUUAUUCUAGCAUGAAUCAAUUUGAUACUUUUCUAAACUUGAACAAAGUUUCAAACUUUUUACUUGACAAAGUAAAAGUUUUGAAACAAUCCUUUUUGAAAUAUAUAUAUAAAAGAUCUUAUUUAUAUAUAAAGUAAUUAUUUUACUUUUGUUAUUAAAGUAAAAUUUUUGCCUUAAUAUAUAUAUAUAUAUAGAUAGAUUGAUUAGUUAGAUAUGAGUAUAUCUACACUCAGGAACAGGAGUUGGCAUGCAUUGUUUUAUUUAAAGUGGAGAGGCUAGUUAAUUAAAACCUUAGAUGCAAUACUCAUUGUUUUGUAGUCGACAUUAAUGUACAUAUGCAUAUGACGAGUUUUAAGUGGGAACCCAUUGGGGAGAGAUGCAUUGAAAUCACCACUGCCUACCAUCAAUGACCGUGUAGUCCAAAGACCAAUGCACCGGGACUAUUUAUUUGGACCAGUCAUGUGAUUAUCCUGUUCAUCAACACUUCACAUUAUUUAUUAUUUGUAUAUAUGUAUAUAGGCUGCAUGAGCUGCAAAAGUUCCUGUCAAACAUUUUGUAUAUUUGCAAUCGAGAUCUUUUAUUUAUUUUGCAAUGCUCAUUCGCUAUCAGAAGCAGCUCAUUGGCCAAUCAGAUGCGCAAGUCAUUUGCAGAGUUGUCAGUACCAAUGGUUGUUUGUUGAGUCCUUGUGCCUUUAUUGGGCCUCUUGUCAGCAAUGCUUCUGUGAGAGCAUUUUGUAAAUAUGUAUAUAUAUAUUAACCAGAGGUAUUUUUCUAUACAGGGAAAUUCCAAAAUAAACUAGAUGUAAAAAUAUA